AUGAGCUUAAGCUUUUUCAUCCAAUUUGCUUGCUUAGUGUCGUCCUUGCUUGUAUCCGUUACCCUAGUUCAUGCUCAGACAAGGGUUUUCGAUGUGACAAACUAUGGUGGUCGUGGAGACGGAAUAACAGAUAACAGCAAGGCCUUCAUUGAUGCAUGGGACGGAGCUUGUCAAAACAUAGGAGGAGGUAUGGUGCUGUUCCCACAAGGCAUCUUCAUGGUGGCUCCGGUGGUUCUUCUAGGUCCAUGUAAGGGAUCAAUGGAAUUGCGAAUUCAGGGUACCCUACUGGCUUCUAGGAAGCUCAGUGAUUUCCUUGGUAUUGACCAUUGGAUCACCAUACAAUACGUUAACGGGUUGCUGAUUAGUGGUGGAGGAACCCUAGAUGGCGUCGGAGCCGAUGGUUGGCCCUAUAAUGAUUGCCUCCAACAUCCAGGCAGUUGCAAGCGACUCCCUGCUGACGUGCUUGUUAGCAACGUCAACAUAUUAGCUCCGGGAAACAGUCCCAACACCGAUGGAAUCCACAUUGGCAGCUCACAGAACAUCUAUAUCGUGCAUACAAACAUAUCGACCGGAGACGAUUGCGUCUCCAUCUCCUCCGGAUCACAAUACAUAAACGUCACCGGUGUCCAAUGCGGUCCAGGCCAUGGAAUAAGCAUCGGAAGCCUCGGCAAAGAUGCCGGUGACACUGUUAACGACUUGUAUGUAACACACUGCAGAUUCGUGGGUACUCAGAAUGGUGUGAGAAUCAAAACAUGGGCAGAUGCUAAACCGGGAACUGUUUCGCGUGUUAGCUUUGAGCACCUUGAAAUAGUUAAUGUGGGCAAUCCCAUCAUUAUUGAUCAAGAAUAUUGCCCUGGUGGUGGUUGUAGUACACAGGUGUCCUCCAAAGUCCAGAUUGGGGAUGUUAAGUUCAAUGACAUUAGAGGCAGUUCUGCCACAAACGAGGCAGUUGUCCUGAAAUGCAGCCAAAGUGUACCUUGUCAAGAUAUCGAGCUGACGGACAUCGACCUAAUUAAAGAACGGAGGACCUGGAGGACCGGCGGUUUCAUUGUCCUAUAA